CUCACACACGAACGGAUACAUUUCACCUAGCCAGGUAAAUUAAGCUUUUCAUGACAGUUGAAUGAUUCCCAUGAAGAGACGCGACCAUGGCGAGGUCAAAGGCAAGGAUGUACACAUGUUGCGCACUCAUGCUGCUGUGCGUCAUCGUCCUGUCUGUGUGCGUCAGUCUACUUGCGAGGCGCAAUUGUCCACAAGGUUCUUUCUCCCACGCUGCAGUGGCCGCAGACACUUGGACAUGUUCUCAAAUUGGACGGGAGAUGCUGCAAAAAGGAGGAUCAGCGGUAGAUGGCGCCAUUGCUGCUUUGCUUUGCACUUCACUCAUGAACCCACAGAGUAUGGGCGUGGGAGGUGGAGCCAUAUUCACAGUGAUGGACAGCACAGGGAAAGUCAAAAUCAUCAACUCCAGAGAGCGUGUCCCUGGCAUGUUUAAACCUGACACACUGAAGUCAUGUCCCAACACGUUCCGCUUUCUCUCAGGUGGCCAGUGGAUAGGAAUUCCAGGAGAACUCCGAGGUUAUGAACAAGCACACAAGCUUUAUGGCAAGCUGCCAUGGGCCAGCCUCUUCCAGCCAAGCAUCCAGCUGGCCAGACAAGGGAUCCCAAUUUCACAAAUCCUUGAUCAAUACAUUCCUCAUAUUGAUAGCAAUGACUCCCGACUACUGCGUGAGCUGUUCUCAGAUAAAAAUGGAAACCUCCUGCAAACGGGUGAUAUCGUGAAAUUCGAGACACUGGCCGACACAUUGGAGACGAUAGCAAAUCUCGGAGCAGACGCUUUCUACACCGGAAAAAUAGCAGAAGAUUUGAUCCGUGACAUUCAGGAGGCAGGAGGAACACUGACAUUGCAUGACAUGGCGUCUUACAAAGCCACAGUGAGUGAUGCAUGGAAUAUUACAUUGGGAGAGUACCAGAUGUACAUCCCUCCUCCUCCUGCAGGGGGCAUCCUCCUGGGUCUGGUCCUCAACAUCAUGGAAGGAUAUGACCUGAACCCAGAAUCCUUGACAGGUGAACAAAAAACAUUGUUUUACCAUCGCUAUCUUGAAGCUCUCAAGUUUGCUAAUGGAUUAAAAAGACAUCUCCGUGAUCCUCAGUUCAGCUUGGGAGAACUGCCAAAGAAAUUAACAGAGGACAGCUUUGCCGAUCACAUUCGCAGUUUGAUCACUGAUGACACGUCGCACGAACCCCAGUAUUACAACAUGACGCCGUAUUUGGACACUGUGGGUACCACACAUGUCUCUGUGUUGGCCCCGGAUGGUUCUGCUGUGUCUGUCACCAGCAGCAUCAACCACAUAUUUGGUGCAAAAAUAUUUUCUCCACGCACCGGAGUCAUCCUCAAUAAUCAGUUGUCUGACUUCUGUGGGAAAGUUGAUCGUUUCUUUCCAGGGGAGCAGCCACCUUCUUCCAUGUCUCCCGCUGUGCUGAGGUCUAAGUCAAAGCUGCUGGUGAUUGGCUCAACUGGUGGGCCUAUGAUCACGACCGCAGUGGCCUCAGCAAUCAUGAACCACGUUUGGUUUGGAAAGAACCUCGAGGAGGCGAUUGCCACUCCAGUUGUUUUUGUCGACUCUGAAAAUGCAGUGAAAUUUGAACCCAACUUUGAUACGCAUUUAAUAGAGGAGCUGAAAGCUCUGGGACACAUGUCGAAAACUGCCAAGAAAUUCUACAACGUGGUCAAUGCUGUUGCGAAGGAGGACGGCGGCUGUAUCUGGGCUGUGUCUGAUGCAAGGAAACUGGGGAAAGCUGCAGGUUACUGACAUGUGGUGUUUGUGAAAAUGGAUGUGGCAUAAAGGUCAAUUGUGUGGC